CGAUGAAUAGCUCAGCUAUUCAUUGCGAUAUUUUUUGCAUGUGUGUUCGCGCAAGCCCCGCUGGGUUUGGAUAAAUCCAAAUGGAGACGAGCGAAUCAAGAGUGUCAAAAUGAAGUGAGCACAAUCUGAAGUAAUUAAUAGAAGUAUCUACGAAAUCGAUUACGCUACUUUUUCCGAGGCCACAAUCGACAAAGAGUCUAGUAGUUUCUCUUUUCUUUGAGAACAAAGCUUAUCUUGAUUCUUCUAGACACAAAACCAUGGAGUUCGUCGACCUGGACUGUGCGUUCGCAAGAAGCGUCAGUAAAUGCUCAAAGUGCGAGAAGACGAUCACAGCAUUGCACAAUGUUCGCAGUGCCUCUGGUUGUGGUGCGCUUCUUUGUGCAACAUGCGCUGACGGCGGCAAGUCCUGCGUCCUUUGUGGACAUGCAGACUGUAAGGUGGAACCAAUCUGUGGUUCCCUGAAAAACAUGCUGUCAGUGAAAAUGGUCAAAUGUCUCAAGUGCAAAGCGCUCAUGAAGUACCGCGACUAUGAAGCUCACAUGACUGCCGAUUCUAUGGUGUUUCGCAAGAUAUGGGAGGCCGAAAAGGGUUGUGCAACGGGAGAAGCCGGUAAGAAGCUUAGACAGUUUCUAGCUUAACUGACGAAUCAUGAAUUCUACAUCAGGUGGAUGAACAGGAAAUUGUAACCGUGUUGUAAUAUGAUCGAUUGAUUUUGGAUGCUCAAGACAAACGCGGCAUCGUUUCUUGUAAUGAUCAAAUCUAUCAAAUAGGUACUGAUACCAGCAAUGCAGCAGGCAUAUUUUUUGAUGACCUGUGCCCUCAAGCAGAAUACGAAUGCAUUCACAAAGACCGUGGUUGCACCUUCCGAGGCUCAGCUACCGAGUUGCGCAAGCACCUGCAGGAUGAAUGCGUCAAAGGUUAUCGAGCACUGGAUGAUUUAUGCCAAGUACUUGCACUCGGUUAAUGGAAGGACGAAGGAAUAGGAUAAACAACAAGGUAAAUAAGAUUUGACAUUCAAACGUCUUGAGUUGUGAUCCGGAAGCAAUAUGACAGAGUACCAUUUCUUUCUACCCUGUCUAAUAAGGGAAGCGGUACGGCUUUGCGGUGGGAUCACUAGAAUGCGGCAAAACGUUGAUACGAUUCGACAACUCCUUGGGCGUGGAGGUGGCAGUGGUGCCAAUGCUCCGCCAGUCCCGCCUAAGCGCUUAGAGGAGCACCUGCGUGCAGCUGAAAUCUUCAUCACUGCUAAAGAAUUCAGCAAAAUCUGUGAUCAACAAUCUAGUAGUAAGAGCAAAGGUACUUCUGCUGAUGUAGUGAACAAGACCAAGCCUGUUACGAAACGAGAUUCUACUGGUGGUUCAUCAAAGGACACGGUGGCAGCCCCUGAGGAGGGCGGUGAUGAUCAAAGUGUCAAUGACGUUAACCAUGUAGAAGUUGGUUCAACAACAGAUAAAACUACGCCCACAACUCCAUCUUCAGUUCUUUCUGGUGUCCUCACACAUCUCGUUGAAACAGGCAAGAAGAAGGAACAAACCGAUGCCCUGCUGGCAGAUUACCGCUCAGUGUUGAAAUCGCGGGUAGUGGACACAUGGAACUUGAGUACUUUUGCGAAACGACCUGCUCCAGAAGCUUUAGUGCAGAGUGGAGUAAAGCGGAGGAAGAAGAACCAGACUCAAGCCGACCUCAACCUCACUACAUAUGGAUGGUGUUUAUUCCAUCCGUACCACCAUCGGGGCUCCCCUUAGUGCUAUACGUUUUGACGGGAAAAGGGUAGCCGUAAUGGUCUGGCUACGUAGAUGGAAUAGACGCCAUUCAUACUACAGAAGAUGGCGCAUGGCGCCAACUCUUCUACGAGGAGUUACCAGAGGAGAAGGAGCCACCGCCGCCGCCGACACCAGUGCGACCUGCGGCGCCAGCACGGUCCGUGACGCCGUCAACACCGGCACAAACACCAUGUAACCACUUCGUCCGGUUUGGACGCUGCAAAUUCGGGGUGAACUGCUGGUACGCUCAUGUGAGGAGAUGAAGCAGAGAUGAAAGAUUUAGAUUUACAUUGAUUUAUAGUAGAUUAAAGGCAGUGCCGCAACCGCAUGCAGCUGAAAAAACGCAUGUAUUUCUGGAAUUUACAGACACCGCUGAAAGAAUCGGUAUUUUUAGUUCAAACAAGAAAGUUUUGCAAGACAAGAAACUGAAUGUAGUAUGUUCAUGAUGCAUCCCCAUACCGUUUUUUUGUAUGCGAUUCUUCCUCAAAUUCCAUAUCCACCAAGUUGUAUGUCAUGAAGAUCUUCUAUUCAACAAUUUUUUAUUUACAAUCACCAUCAUCAGAAGUAAGUAAGUAACAAUUUUGAGAAUAAAUAUGCAAUGAGCUUAGGACUCAGUGAACUCGUAAGCAGUAUGUAAAAGUAUUAUUCAAUCGCAGGGAAGAAAGAAUUAUAGAUAUAGUGUUUUUUUGAAAGACAGGUAUUUAUUUGUACAUACUGACAAGUGCUGUCGGAGUAAGUAAUGAAAACUCCCACUCCAUUGAUGUGCAUGUGAAGUACCCCAUUGCAAACUUCAGGAUGCAACUUGGUUCCCAAUGCUAUAUUUUGAACCGGUAAGCCUUAUCAAGUCAAAAAUGGAAGCGUGC